UAAUGCGUUAAUAAAUUAGCUUCUUCAUUAACGAGUUAAAAAAAAUAUCAAUAGUGCGUUAAUGAUUUUUAGUCGUUUGGAACGCACUCAUGAUUGUCCGUCAUAGGAUUCACUAACACUAUCUGUAAAAAUAUAUAAUUUGUGGUCUGUGCUCACAGAACAAUAAACUGUGCAACACAUAAUCACACAUAAUACUAAUCUGUGGUGUAUGUAUGUAUGUUUGUGGUGUUUAUUUUGUGGUUUAUUUUAAAAUCUUUGAAUGGAAAAUUGAUUGCGUGCGUUUAACUUUAAUAAACUAUUUCGUCGAUUAGUUUGUGGUUGAGUUAAUCAUGUCUUUUAAUCCUGUUACUCAUGUAUUAUUUGAUAUGGACGGUUUGAUUCUCAAUACUGAAGACUUAUAUACCAUUGCUUUUCAAAAUAUAACGUCUCGGUAUGGAAAGGAGUAUACUUAUGAUUUAAAAGUAAAAUUAAUGGGAUCACAAUCGCAUGAAACUGCAGAGACUAUUAUAACACAUUUACAACUUCCGUUGACCCCAGAAGAAUUUAUGAAGGAAACUAAGAGUCAGUUUCAGUCGCUGUUCCCAAACACUCAAGUUUUACCAGGUGCAAGAAGACUUAUUGAGCAUCUGCACAAAAAAAAUAUACCUAUAGGACUGGCCACCAGUUCUAGCAAAGAGAGUUAUGAUCUAAAAACAGGUAAACACCAUCAGGAGCUCUUCGCAAUGUUUCCAUACAAAACCUUGGGCACUUCGGACCCUGAAGUAAAAAGGGGAAAGCCUUAUCCUGAUAUAUUCUUAGUAGCUGCAUCUAAGUUUCCAGAUAAACCUAGCCCCAGUAAGUGUCUAGUAUUUGAAGACGCAGUUAACGGCGUGAGAGCGGCGAGAGCUGCUGGAAUGCAAGUGGUAAUGGUGCCCGAUUCUCGCUUAGACAGAAAACUGACAGAGGAGGCGACCCUGGUGCUUAACAGCUUAGAGGAAUUCAGACCGGAGCUGUUUGGAUUACCUCCCUUCGAUGAUUAGAUAAAGAUGCGAGGUUUAAAAAAAAAGUUAUUUUGGUUAAGAAUAUAUAUAAAAUAGGUAGGCUGGUUGAAUAUAGACAAAUUUUACACAUUGCGGUUGGAACAG